CCCCUGCCUGCCGCUGCCGUCGUCCAACUCACCAGCGCGAGCGGACGGUCCGCGCGCAGCCCCGUUGUCUCGGCGGAUGCAACGGCGCACUUUAGCAGAUGCUUAGGCGAAGCGGAGGCGCACGUUAGAGGCGGUGGCGAGGAUCUGGCCGCGAUCAAGAUACAGUCCGCGUUCCGUGGAUAUUUGGCGAGGAGGGCGUUAAGGGCGUUGAAAGGAUUGGUGAAGCUACAAGCGAUGGUGAGGGGACACAUCGAGCGGAAGAGAGCGGCCGUUCAUCUCAGGAGAAUGCAGGCUUUGGUUCGUUCUCAGUCCCGUCUGCGUUCGGCACGUGCCCUCGGCUCUGAAUCAUCCUCCUCCCUUUCCAACCCCAAGUCGUCUCACUUCCCCAGCCAACCGGGUCCUCCCACCCCGGAAAAACUCGAGCAUUCCAUCCGUUCUCGGAGCGCCAAUUAUGACCAAUCCCACGUUCUCAGGUUGCAGAGAAACGGUUCCAAGACAAGCGACAAGAUCCUUGAGGUCGACAACUCCGCGAAACACCACACUCACACUAAACGCCGACCUAACAUCUUCUACUCGACCCACCUCGUAUUCAACAGCUCUGACCGUUGCCCUGCUUCAACCGAACCCAUCCUCGCAAGGCCGUUUAGCCCGACAUCCUCUCACGAGGAGGAAGUGAACAGCCACUUCUGCACGGCCGAGAACAGUCCGCAGCUGUAUUCAGCAACUUCUUCACGAGGCAUACGCAGUCCAUUCGCGUCCAGCACGGCUCAGAGCGUCUCCAUGAGGAGCUGCUUCGCCGACCAUCCUAACUUCAUGUCUUACACUGAAUCUUCACGGGCAAAAGUGCGGUCUGCAAGUGCUCCGAAACAGCGUUUGCAGAGCCACUACGAGCGGUCUGCGUCUGCCAAACGCUGCGAUACAAAGUUGGGUCCUCAGAGAGGUUCUGCUUUGCACACGAGCUUUAUGAACAAGGCUUAUCCCGGUUCAGGCCGGUUAGACCGGUUUGGGAUGCCGGUUGGGUAUAGGUACUGAAAGGUUGAUGGAUUGGGUGUCGUGUAAAGCAUAUGUUGAACCGGGUUGCUUUUUUUUUACAACUAUAUCGGAUGCCUUUUGGUGUGAUUUCGACCGGUUUGGUGUAUUGGAUUGUGCUUCUAAGCUUGCGUGGUU